AUGUCUGAAAGAAAGGUCCUUUCGAAGUACUAUCCGCCAGACUUUGAUCCAAGCGCAAUCACCCGCACAAAAAACAAACAAACAGGGCCCAAGGUGAUUACCGUUCGACUUAUGGCCCCGUUUUCGAUGAAAUGCACACAAUGUGGAGAAUUCAUUUAUAAGGGUAGAAAAUUCAACGCGCGCAAAGAGACGACAGAAGAGAAAUACUUCUCUAUCCCGAUUUAUCGCUUCUAUAUUCGAUGCACGAGAUGCAGUGGCGAAAUUACGUUCAAGACGGACCCGAAGAACAUGGAUUACACGGCGGAGAAGGGCGCGAAACGGAAUUUUGAGCAGAAGGAGGAGAAUGACGAGCAUGAGCGCGCGGAGAGGGAUAAGAUGGCUGAGCUGGAGGAGAAGAUGUUGGAUUCGAAGAGGGAGAUGGCGAUUGCGGAUGCGCUAGAUGAGAUUCGGACGAGGAAUGCUAGGAUAGAGAGGAAUGAGGCGCUAGGAGAUGAGACAGCGAUUGCGCAUGUGCGGGAGGAAGUCGACGAGGAGAAGUUGAAGGUUGAGAAAGAGAUCGAGGAAGCUGCGCGGAGGGCAUUCACUACGGAAACUGGUGAGAAGGUGAAGAGGCUUGUUGAGGAAGAUUCUUCAAAUGGAGUUACGCCAGACCCCAAGCCAAGCGAGGCGCCACCUUCAUUCACACGAGUGAAGAAGGCGAAGAAGCCAUUGCCGAAUAGUUUGGGCAUUAAGAAGAAGGCAAAGCCAUCGCUGGUGUAA